AUGGUUUUAUUGUUAAUCGUUAUUGUUGUGGAUUUUUUUUCUCGACGAAAUCGUUCAUAUCAUAUGAUACCAAUGGUUCAUUUAUGUAUGAAAAGAUAUUUAUGGCGUGAAAUGAUUUUUCAGUCUGUUAUACAAAAAGAAUUAAUUAUUAUUAACCAAAAUUUCUACCAAUAUACGAAUAAAAGUUAUGAAUAUGAAAUAGUAAAAGAAUAUAGAAGAAAAGAAAUUGAUUCAUUAUUAUUAACUGAAAAUAAAACAAUAACAUUUGAUAUAAUUUCACUUUAUUUACGACAAGAGUUUCAUAAAAUAUAUGAUGAAACAACAGUAAGAGGAGGUGCUGGAUGGAAUAUGGAUCAAAUAUUAAUAACAAUGUUUGUAUUUGAUUAUAUAAAUAUGACAACUAAUGGGCAAAAAUUAAAAAUUCAUGAACGAGGAUUAUUAGUAUGUCAAUAA